ACACGAACAUUGCCCAGCAGACGAAAUUAUUUAGACGCCUUCUUCUACUGGCUGGAAUUGAAUGAGCUACUCAACAUAUUAAUUUAAAGUGAGUCAUUUUGUUCAAUUGUGAUGAAUUCGUUAACGCUUUUUACGACCUCGUGUUGCCGGGUGUGAUCAGAUAUCAGUUUACAAAAGAGGGGAGGCAAGAAGUCGUCCUGUGGUUGUGAGUGAGUGAUAAGCAACAGAAAAUGGUUUCCAAGAGUGUUGUGAAUUUAAUCCGGUAGUUAAAUUCCAGUCUUUAUAUACCAACCAAAGUUUGUUAUCUUUAUCAAUUUCUUCCCUGUUAAAAAAAUGAGACUUUAUGGUCCCGGAUUUGUUCGUGGAGAAAUAAAUCUGUCAUGAGUUUGGUAUUACACAAUCAAAUCAAGCCUUAAGCCGGGCAUGACCAAACUUCACGUUGACAAAAAAAGUGGGUGCCGUUAUUUGUUUCUGUUGAUGGGAUGUUGAUGACAGUUUUCGUUUUUAUUUCCUCCCAAGCAUUUCAGAUUAAGAUUGUUGAUACGGUGUUAAUGAAAUCGGAAACUGGGAAGAGGCAACAACUUCAUUUCGUCUCCCCUGUUUGAGUACCCUCGGUCGAUCGGUGGGUCGGUAGAAGGCUUAGGUUUCUCAAAAUCUGCUGCCUGCCUGCUCCCCGUUUAUAAUAGAAUACGUGAGAUUGAGGAGUAUCAAGGUAUCAAGUGACGACGACGCUUGAGUCGACUCCUUGUUUGAAAACGUACAAAUUAACUCACACCCUCCCCGAUUUUCGAUUGGGUUUAGAAGAAUGCAAAGCCUUCUUCAUUCCACUAUAUUGAUUACAAUGCAGUCGUAAAUCUAUGUGUAGGAUGAGUCAGAUGUUAUUGUUUCUGAGUUUUAUGAAAUUAACUGAAAGGGUAGCGGAAUUUUCUGGCGUGACAAUUAUUCUCUAUUUAUAUAUGCAUAAUAAAAAAACCCGCAGUAAAAGCAGCUUUAUUUAGCCUGAGUCAGAUUGUUAUCAAUAAUUGGGUGGGUUUAUAGGGCCAUUGCAACUUUUUUUAAUUUAUUUAUUUUUUACACAUUUUUCUCAUAUUUGAACUUGAUUCCAAAUUUUGUUCCAUGUGUGAAAAUUUGAAGUCGAUUGGAUAAGCUUUACGAGGGUAAUAAUCGAUAGACAUACAACCAUGAUGGGUACGUAAGCCUUAACUCAGUCUAAAAAUGUGUAAUGACACCGCCAUUUCUAAGACUUUUGCUCUUUCUCUAGUUGGAAAUUAGACAAGGGUCACCAGUUCAGUUCUGAUAAGCAAUUUCAUGCAAGGUUGAAAGUUAUAUAAAAUUUUAAAUGUUCUCAUAACCCAAACAAAGAGAGAGUCUACAGAUUAAAUAUUUAGACCACGAUCAACUAAAUAUAUUGUCUGGAUGGAUAGCUCAACUUGACGUAAAUCUCAUGCACUUCGUUCCUGUCCCCCAAAAGUAUAUUGUGAGGAUUUGCUUGCAGCUCUGUACAAAUCCAAGCUUUAUUUGCAUACGUGGGCUGGAUAUGAAUAGUUUGGUCGCUUUGCUAAGAUAAAUACAGACUCGAUUUAAAUUUAAGACUUUUAAUUUAACCCUUGUAGACAUAUCGUGAUUGCAUGGUCAACACUUCUUUGACCAGGCGAUGAAGAAGAAUUGGCCACGCUACGAGGACGACUCAACGCAAAUCUUGUUAUUAGAGUUGCACCAUUGUUUUGUUUGCUCAGGAUUCCUCGGAUUUAUAGUUUAUGUACUUACUGGUUGGUUAGAAUUGAAAACUUUUAUAAGCUGGUCGUAAUGGGAGAGGGAUUGAGGCUCAAAUUCAAUCAAAACAUGGAAAAUGUAAACUAAACCGAUAUUCUAGAACUUUACUCAUCACGAACAGUGAGUCAAAUUCAAUCCGUCCAAUCUGGAGAGAAAUGCGAUUGUAAUCAACAACUCCAUGCAAACAAGUCCAUGUUAAAUGUGCAUGGAUGGAUGGAUUUGGUCAACCCAACCGUACAGACAAGAUCGGUGUAUAAAAUAACUCUGAUAACCACUUCCUGUCCCUGGAAUUAAAUUGUAGUGAAUGACUCAAAAAUUGUAGUGUGUAGUGACGAAUCGACUGAAUUUUAUGGAUUAAUACGUAAGAAUUUUAGUAAUUCAGAGUAAUUUUGAGAAUACGAAUUGUUAAAUCAAGUGAACCACGCCUACACAAUUAUCAAAAUGAAGAAACUUCAAAAUUUUUGGGUAAAUGGAAUCAUCCCAAUUUUCACAAUGUUACUUCUUCUCAUCGCUUCUGCAACUUCGGAUUGUCAACUGCCCAGCACUUGGCGUGGAACGUGGUUCCAACAGGAACAUUUUGAAACGACCAGGAUCAAAAUUGACAACUCGUCCAUUAACCUUUCGCUUUGGGACCCGGACAAUCACUUUGUCAACCGUGAACUUUUAGGAUCAUGUGUAAAAAAAGAUGAGGAUCUUUACAUAUUUGUAGACAACAUAAGUGGAAACUGUACAAAAUGCGUCAUCAUUAAAGACCUGGAUACAAACGUGCUCAACUACCGACACACCGACUGUCUCGACGAUGGAAUUGACGACAUUGACACAUCUUCUGUAAAAGACCUCUGCACCGGACUUCACAAUGUAGACAUGGAUUAUUACCUGAUACGAGACCCUUUCACCCCUGUUCCGUGUCCGUUCAGGAAUGAAGCCUUCCUUUUCAGCUAUGGCAAAGAACUCAAUAAAGAUGCUGUCUGUCCAUCUAACAAAUCGCACACGGAAACCUGCUACGACGACACCCAACUCGUCUUCAAGUAUGAGGCGUGUAAUGAUAUGAAUUACGAGGCGAAAGUUGAAGAAAUUCAGUGUGUCGGAGCUUGGAAAGACGUUGACCACAAGUACUUCAUCGCAACCGUGAUGGACUCCCAGAGGCUGAGAUACGUUUCCGGAAUCUACCGCUGUUUCAUCUACAACGAGAUCAAGGACCCCGUCAUCCAGUCCAGAAUCCGUCCUGACGAAGUGGUCGGAUACAAUGUGUCCGUCUCCAUAUCGGAGACCGCGACUUGUGCAGGGCUCCGAAAUCCUACUUCGGGAUCGUUGUCGCUCACCUUAUACGCAGCACCCAAAGACCAACCCCCGUGUCCGUUUCCAACCUGGCUGAACACAAAAACAAGUGUCUGGACGUCUCUGGACCAUCAUUUCACCCUCAGCGGGACAGAGAAAGGGUCCGAAAUGUUGUUUAAGGACUUCAAGGACAGCCGACGUCGCGGUGACCCUCACAAUUUGGGAAAGUUCACGUGCCUCGAAGCCGUUCAGAGUGAUGGUGAUGAUGUUGUAAUUCUGGCGAGAGAAAUUAUUGGAUGUAAUGGCCAAGAUGUCUGCAUCACGUUGAGCACAAAGUCGGACUCCAUCUCCAACUUUGACCUCCACUUUAAGGACGACUCCUUAACUCAGCCCGACUUUAGAUCGGCCUGUCUCAACAGGACGUUUUUGGACAGUGUCACGAACUUUCAGACUGACCACAGGGAGAUGACACUUAUCGAGGAGAAAGCAAAAUCUGAACCGUGUCCAAUUUCCGGGGGUUACUUACUAUCCGGGUUUUACAAGCAUGACAACAAAUACUUGGGGAAAGACUGCAAAUCGAGCAACCCCAUGAUGUGGCCCCCUCAACAAAUGCUCGCUGGACAAGGCAAGUAUCAAGACGUGGUCAAGUUUGUUAGUGGGGACUGUCACGCGGGUGACGAAGAAGGAGAGCCGGGUCACAAAAUUGCUGUCGCACAAUGUCUCGGAUCAUGGCAAGAUCCCAAUAACACGAUAAACCUUAUCUUGACCUUCGUCACUUCAAAUGAUACCGUCCCGAUCCAUUACUGCUUCAGUUUUGAGGGGAACAAUACCAGCGGUUACAUCCUCGUCCACGCUUCCACCAAACAUUGUCCAGGUGUGAAUCCAUAUCAUAAUGAGCUUGCAUUCUACAUGCACAACUGUGGCGACUGCGUCGAUCAGGAUGAGAUGACGGAAUCUAAUCGUUCUUUGAAGCUGGGCUCAUCCGGAAUUAGUCCGUCCUUCCCGUCGUCUCGUGUCACCAUUGUUCUCGUCCUCAUGGCAUCGUUCUUUCUGCAAUGAUGGGAUGGGUUGUGAUGUGGUCGUAUUUCAUUUAAAUGUACUUGUGACAAUGUGUCACCAAUUAAUGGACUUAAUUAACUAGUUAUUUAGUGAUACUUAAUGUGAGACAAAGGAGUUGCAAUUUCUAAUCGAAAAUAUGUAUGUAUUAGUCAAUUAGAGCUUUAAAGUGCCUGAGCUUUACUAUUUACUUAAUGCGGACGCUUAAUUGCUGUGUAACGCGAAGGGACACAUGAACUGAACUAUUUUUAUAUUUGUGAGAAUUGCAUACAUAAGUUAUCAAACUCUAGGUUGGAUUGUGAUACUAUAAAAUGCAUGUAAUUGCUGAAUUAUUUAAUUUAGAUAAAAUUUGAAUUCGUGUAAUUUACUUGUGAAAAGCUGUUUAAUAUAUAUCGAAAUUUCGAGACCAGUCCGUUCCUAAAAUGUGCGUACCUUACCUUGACUUUGUAUUUCCGUUCAAAUAAUAAACAUUUUAUGUCGACAAUACUUGGCAAACUUGAUUAAUU